CAUUUGACCCUCCAAGUCCUUGCAAGAAGUAGCAACAAAACAACCUAUCCACUACGCUCCCUUUGUGAACUUGUUGAUAAUAUUUAUAGGAUGCGAUGAUAACAAAAACAAUGAAGCUAGGAUGCUUCUUCGUCUUCUUAUUCUCUCUGCAACCUUUCAAGCCGGCCUAACCUAAACCCAUUUCACACUCCAACUUUCCCAUCUUUCUCCAUUUUCUUCCCUUGUGUUACACCAAUCACAAUUCGCUGCAAAAAAAAAAAAAAAAAAAAAAUCCCCCCCAAAAAUUGAUCCUUUUGACCUAUCUGGGGCACCCCACGAAUCUUCAAACUUCUUGGUUACUCUAAAUUUAUCAUCUUUUUGGUCUUUGGCGAGGUGGGUCGAUCGAAUUCGGGUCCAUAUAUUUGUGGUUUUGAUCCGAUUCGGGUUUCUGGGGUGGUGAUUGAAAUGGUCUAUUUCCAUAGCUCAAUCUCUCUCUGCAACUCCUCCGUUGACCAACCACCAUCCAUGGCGAAUUCCGUUGAUUUGGUUUCGAAAUCGAGGAAUCGGAAGACACCCAAUUCCCUGCAGAUUCCGCCCUGCCAGCGAUCUCGAUCGGCGGUGGUGGAUGUGGUUAUAUUCGUGGCGGUUGUCGCCGCCUUCGGGUUCUUGUUGUUCCCAUACAUUCAGGUUUUGGCGAGGGAAACUGUGAAGAUUGGUGGCUUAUUCAUGGAUUUGGUGAAAGAAGAGGCUUCAGAUGGUCCUUGGAUCUACAUGUCCAUAGGAGUUAGUGUAACCUGUUCUGCAUUGGUUACAUGGGUUGUUGUGUCUUUCACAACAAGGAAAUGUGGGAAACCCAAUUGCAAGGGUCUCAGAAAGGCUGCAGAGUUUGAUAUUCAGUUGGAGACUGAGGAUUGUGUGAAGAAUUCUCCUUCAUUGGCCAAGGAUGGUGGAAUUAAGAAGGGUCUGUUUAAGCUUCCUUGUGAUCAUCAUCGCGAACUCCAAGCCGAGCUCAAGAAGAUAGCUCCCCCCAAUGGGAGGGCUGUUCUUGUUCUCAGAGCAAGGUGUGGAUGUUCUAUUGGUAGGUUAGAAGUUCCGGGUCCGAAGAAGAAUCGAAGGAGCAAGAAGUAGAAUACACAGAAAAGAAAAAAGACUGUUAAUUUUAUAGGCAGGAGAGGAUAAUUGAAUAAGAAUGUAGUCUUAAAUGGGCAGAGGAAUUUCUUAUAGUUAUACGUUCAUUCUAUUUGGAAUUAGGCUGUCUUUUAAAUAAGCCCCCCCUUGGCAAUAAGUUGUAGGGAACUAUGGAUCAUACACAGUUUGGAUAUUUAUAUCUGAGAAUAUAAAAAUCCUUUAAUUUGAUUUACUUCACUUCUAAAACGCAAAAUUUACUGUUCUUUUAAAUUGUGUUUCUGAUUUUCUAUUAUUUCUCAUGGUUACAGUUCUUUCAGUUUUUUGUUAUAAGUGACCAGGAUUAAAGUUGCCAAUCUUUUUGUAGGGUGCAGAUCUCAAAGGAGCAAGUUGUUGUUCUGGUCUUUAUGAACAUACAGCUGAACUCUGUUGAGUUCUAAUCUCAGAAAUGCUGUUUAAGAGCGCAACUAAUUCACUGAAUUUUAAUAUUUUCUCUUAUACUUGAUUCUACAGUUAGACAGUGAUGUGCACUUUGUCAAUUAACUAUGUAAAUUGUUUAUUGCAUCGGUUGUCAUUGUAGGCUGACUCUUCUAGGAGAGGUUGCCUGUGAUGUGAACCAUGAAGUGGAUUGCUCAUGUCCAAGUUAUCUUUUAUGCAGAUGUGUAUAAAUGUCAUUAGCAUUAAAUUGAUUUCUUUCAUUUGCAAUAACCUGAGGUGAUUGGGCAAGUGAUUCUCUUCCGCAGUUGAUGGGUAACUGGAGGGAGAAUAUGCAGUUCUCAGAUGACAUAACAAACCGGUUUGAAUAGCAUGUGUCGUUAUUUCUUGAUGUUAUUUUAUAAUUCACUGAGCUAAAUAUUGUUUGCUACAUUGUUCUUUAUUGUGAUUGAUUUUAUUUUAUUUUUUUAAAUGAUAAUCUGAACAUAUUUGAUCGUUCAAUUGUCCAUUUGAAUACUAAUCAUCUGUGUCUAGGUUGAAAUGUCUUACCUUCUGUAUUUAAGUUAUUCCAUGAAAAUUCUUCUGCAUCAUUAUCAUCCUGCUUUUCAAAUGCUUGGUGUUGAUAUUCAUAUCCUCUGUAGGCGGAUGAGACAGUCCUAAUUGGCAACUGAUGAGAUUGUGUAGUAUAAAGUGGUAAGAAGCCUGGGUCUCUUAACCAGAGGUCUCGAGUUCGAGCCCUGGAAAUGGAAAAAAAAGAUUUGGGAGAGCCGCCCCCGAAAGGGUCCGACAGUGCUCGAUUGGGGAUUAGUCUUCGGUUACGAACGGAGGAUACCCUUCAGAUUACUGGAAAAAAAAAAACUGUUUAAUUUGGAGGAUUUGGAUUCUCUAAUUUUCCUUAAAAAUAUGACACUGUCAAUUUGUGAGAGAGAGAGUAGCAGCCCUGCACAGGUAAAGGUGGAUUCUUGCACAUGAAAAUUUGUGCCUUUCUCUCUAAGAAGGAAAAUGAGAGGAUAGAACUUCUAAUUCGGAUCAGCAUAAACUGACACUUGGGCCCAGCCCUUCUUUCCAAACAAUUUUUACUUACUUCAGGUGCAUUUCACCCCACAGUUAAGAUUUCCUCUUAAAGUUAAACCGCAUUGAUAUGAUAUGUGUUACAAUAUUUGGUCUUGGUGCAUUUUACACAGAGCAUAUAAGAAAUUUUCCCUUUCUUUUAACUGUUAAUAUCUGAGUAAUCAGUUAAAAGUUCUGA